UCAGGAAACACUGACUCACUGACACCCGAGACUGGCCCACAGAUCGGAUGUUUGUGAACCCUCAAAUAUUUGGAACUAUCUCGCUAUACAGUGUCUGCACUGCUACAUUUAGGACGGUUCUACAUUCCUUUGAAGAAAGCCACUGAUUCCAGAGUGAAGUAAGUAGAGCUCUUCACUCCUCCUCCAGACUGACUGUGCAACAGUUCUCCUCUGUGUUGCGUCAGCACUGUAGAUGGUUUAUUAGAGCUCUGUAUUUUUCCACGAGCACACCGUUUGCGAUCAUGGCGAAGAUCAGCUCGUGUUUCAAAUGGACCUUUGUCUUCUUUAACUCUCUUUUCGCAAUCUUUGGGAUUGUCAUUAUUGUCUUGGGUCUGCUCGGGCAGCCGUAUGCCGAGGAGCCAAAUGCCAGGACUGGAGUGAUCGUAUUUUAUGUGAUCGGUUCCAUCAUUUUCUGCAUUGCUGUUCUAGGAGCUUAUGGCGCACACAAAGAGAGCAAGUGCGCGCUGAUUGUGUUUUUCAUCCUUAUGUGUUUGGCGACGGCUGGCAUGUUGCGUUUCGCCAUUCCGCUAGCAAGUGCACGCCCAGAGAUUUACUCAAUUCUUAGAGAUCACUUCAAAACAGAAUCGAAUUUGACCGAAGAUCAGGAGCGUGCAUUAAACCCCAUUCAAGAACAUUUCCACUGCUGCGGACUCUUUAACGGCUACAGGGACUGGCGAGGUAAAGUUCCUGACUCAUGUAACUGCGUGAACCCGAACGCAGACGACACGUGUGAGAUGAUGUCCAGCAGAAGUGUCUGGUCCAAGCCGUGUGGCAUCCUUAUUACAGAAUAUGUAAUGGUCAUCACGAUGGCUGUGUUGUUCAGUCUCGCAGCACUUGCUAUUCUGGGAGGCCUGAUGUCUCUUGCGAUGAUCAUCCGUGUGUGUGCUUGUCCCGAAACUCAGCUGCCAUCAUUCCCGCUGUCAUACAAGCCACCGAAAUACACAGAAGUGAUUAACUAUUAACCGAGCAAUAUAACAGCUUGAGUUUGCGUAACUUUUUUAUAAGGUUUUUUUUGUUAAGCUGGUUGAGCUUCAUCCUGUCCACGUGUGCACAUUCCUAUCCUUCUACACGUCCUUCAUUUUACUGAAAGAAUGUGUGGAACAAACCGACAAGCCAAGCAACCUGUAUUGCAUUUUAUAUUCCUAAGAUUCUUAGAUGUUUUAUGCACAAGGCUUUGUGAUAUUUUAGGACUAAGAGAUAUACAUCUUUACUUUAUAUAUACAUUUUUUUAAGCUUUGACCGACCUUUAGAUUCGUUCAAUACAGGUACACUGCUUAAAAUCCUUCCUAUUCUGUUCUACUCAUCAGCCGGUACACUUAAUUAUAUAACCAGAAGACUGAUCUUAUCCCAUCACUGAUCCUAGCUCAUGGUAUCAUCAAUAAAUUAUGCAUUCGUUAUGUGCAUUUAGCCAAAAACACUGUGUUAGAAUGUAAGAAUGCACUAUUAUUUUUACUCGUAAAGUGUGUCGAGUAUAAAUGGCUAUAAGAUUCAAAAACAUAAUGUAUAUCUUCUCUGGGUUUCAAGAUCCAGUGCCAUGCCACAUCACACGUUUAUAUAAAUGUUGUCCCAGAGAGAACUGAUGCAGUUCAUACAAAAGCAAAUGUUUUUUUGUUAUUGUUUUAUGUUUAAUAUAAUAGUUUCAUGUUUAAAUGUCUGUUUUUUAUGCAUUUUUACGAAAAAUAAAAAGUAUAAAAAUCUA